UGCAAAAUAAAACGCGGAAACUGAAAAUAAAUAAAAAAUAAAUAAAAAAAUACUCUUGCUAACUAAGAUAUUUACGCCAAUAGACGUCUCAUCUCAUCCCCUAUUUGGUAGCUGAUUGGAGAGAGAUCUUUGGCUGAGAGAUCUCUGCGUCGCUCAACCCUCACCGAUCCUCGUCAAAUUUAAGCGAUGGGGUUGUCUUUCACCAAACUCUUCAGCCGGCUGUUUGCCAAGAGAGAGAUGCGUAUACUAAUGGUUGGUCUUGAUGCUGCUGGUAAAACAACCAUUCUCUACAAGCUCAAACUCGGUGAAAUUGUCACCACCAUUCCUACUAUUGGAUUCAAUGUGGAGACUGUGGAAUAUAAGAACAUUAGCUUCACAGUUUGGGAUGUUGGGGGCCAGGACAAGAUUCGUCCAUUGUGGAGGCACUAUUUCCAGAACACUCAGGGCCUAAUCUUUGUUGUUGACAGCAACGAUCGAGAUCGUGUUGUCGAAGCAAGGGAUGAACUGCACAGGAUGUUGAAUGAGGAUGAAUUGAGGGACGCUGUUCUUUUGGUGUUUGCCAACAAGCAAGAUCUUCCAAAUGCUAUGAACGCUGCUGAAAUAACUGACAAGUUGGGCCUUCAUUCCCUUCGCCAACGUCAUUGGUAUAUUCAGAGCACAUGUGCAACUUCUGGUGAAGGGUUGUACGAGGGAUUAGACUGGCUGUCAAACAACAUUGCUAACAAGGCUUGAAUACGUCAGUCGGAGGUUACAAUGUACCCUAUGGCUUUGUUUUUUUUGUUGCUUUUAGUUUCUUUAAAACAUUAUGUCCUAAAACCUUGGUUUUCAGCCAAGAAAAUCGCUGUAUUUUCAAUGAAUUUAUGAUAUAUUUUUGUUUUUGUCAAUCUUGUGGAUCUCUGCCUGUUCCUAUUAUGGUGAAACUAGGAAUACGUAUUUUUACGAACUUAUGUGGAUUAUGAUCAUAUUCAGGACAAUUUGUACUCUUCAGA